AUGGCUUCGCACAAGAUCACUAAGCUCGCUGGAGCUAAACCCACUGACGAAUUCGAGCUCAACGUUGCUCAAGCUCUUGUCGAUUUGGAGAACAAUGUCGCUGAUUUGAAGAAGGACUUGCGUCCUCUUUCUAUCACUGCUGCCAAGGAGGUUGAGAUUGGUGGUGGCAAGAAGGCUAUUGUCAUCUUCGUUCCUGUUCCUCAGCUCAAGGCUUUCCACAAGAUCCAACAAAGACUUACUCGUGAAUUGGAGAAGAAGUUCUCUGAUCGUCAUGUUGUCUUUGUUGGCCAGCGUCGCGUUCUUGCCAAGCCUAGCCGUCGCUCGAACCCCAAGCAACCUCGUCCCAGAUCUCGCACUUUGACCGCUGUCCAUGAUGCUAUCCUUGAGGAUCUUGCUUACCCCUCUGAGCUCGUUGGCAAGCGUACUCGUGUUGCUGUUGAUGGCUCCAAGACCAUCAAGGCUUUCCUUGAUCCCAAGGAUGCCACCUCUUUGGAGUACAAGCUCGAUACUUUCUCUGCCGUGUACAAGAAGCUCACUGGCAAGGCUGUUGUCUUCGAGUUCCCUACCAACGCCGAGCUCUUUUAA